CGGGAUGUCCGGCGUCAGCAGCUUCCCGAAGCACCAACGAGGAGCACUUCUCGCUUGAAAACUUGAAGAGCACUCUUUUCGAGCACUUUGAAAAUAUAGGAGAACUUGGUCACGAUAGUCUUUAGUUCCUCAGGAUGCGGCGUACACGCCACGUGGUGCUGCCCGUACGAUCCUGGCUGUGCAUCGGUUUUCUGAUAGUAUCGCUGGCAUGUCUGACGUUAGGAUUGGUGUCCAGAGAUAGGGAAGGACAUGCCGGCAGUCUUGCGGGUCCUGAACUCACGCAUCAAGCUCCUCAUCAAGUGGACGCUUGCCCGAACUUGAAUCCUUUAGUCAAGAGCCUGAUUGCCGAACCGGAAGAGGCUACGAAACUGAUUAACAAUGAUGAAAUAAAAAUAUCUGAAUCCAGAGCACCAUCCACGUCUCCAAAAUCUGUACUCUCUCGAUCGCUGAGUCUCGAUCGCUUGUCUAGAAGCGGUUCGCACGAGACUAGAGAGCGAUUGUCUAGAAAUCGAGAUCUAAGGACAAUCGAGAGACUUUCAAGAUCGCGGACUCGCGUAUCCGACGGAUCCAUUAAUCGUCUUCGAGAAUCCCGAUUGAUCGCGCAGUCCCGCGAUGACGGAAGCUCGUUCGAUCCCGCCACUCGCCUCUCCCGUUCGCGGGAUUUAUCCGAUCGAGCAAACGGUCAUCGUUUUGCCGAGCGAAAUUUCGAGCGCCGUCUGACUGAUCCUGCAAACUUCCGCGUGGAAGAUCGCCGAUUCACGGAACGGCGCGAGCUCAAUGAAAUUAGCUCGCGACAACAAAAUCGCGUCCAUCGAUCGGCAAACCGUCGAGACUCCCUGAAUCUUCAGCGUCGUACGAGCGAUCGUCGUGACGGUAAAUUACACUCGAUGGAGCAACGAGUCAAUCGGCAGGAAUCACGCGAAAGCCUAACGGAUCGUCGCGAAUAUCGCAAUCUCGCGCGAAAUCGUAUGAAUCAUCGUUUCGAAAUGCGCGAACGUAGAUCCCGAUCUGUCGAGCGACGUGCGUUGAUCAACCAUGAUCGGAACGCAGAACGAUCGGAUCGUCGCGAGGAUCGCAAGAUCGCGCGAGAAAAUCGCAACAAUAAUCUUGAUCGCCAAAGUCGGGAACGGUCUCUGGAAAAUCGUCGUCUUCUUCUCGACCGCGUUGAUAAUCGAGAUCGAAGAUCACAAUUCUCGGUUGCUGCCAGGAAUUCUCGUGGAGAUCUUAUUAGAUCCAACGAUCGUCAAAUGCUUUCUCGAUCGACGGAACGUUUAGGUGACAACGAUUUCAAUCGCGAAUCACUUAGUAGACGAAUCAGAUCGACUGAAUUCAGCGCCGAGAAAUCCAACGAGCGUAGAUCCUUGGCUCGAUCUAUGGAACGUCGCGAAAUGGAUCACGCGCAACGCCGAAAGGCUGAGAAUAUUUUCGCCGAUCGAAGAUCCCUUGAUCGGAGAAUGUCGAGAAUUUCAUCUGAAGAUAUACGUCGAGAAAGAAUUAAUCACGCAAGUAGACGUGACGAGCGUGAAAACACGAUCAGGACACGUUACAAUGUCGAAGGAAUCGCGAGUCGAGAACGAAGAGAGAGACUCGCACGAGCCUCUCGUUCACUUGAUCGUAAUUCGGUAGAUCGUCGAGAAAUUGCAAGAAUCAAGGACUCCGGAGAUCACGAUCGUAGAUCACGCGAUUCUACAGUAGAGCGACGAGAAAGGACGAAUCGUGUGCAUCGAUCACGGGAUGAACAAAGGACCGCGAGGAAAUCUCGCGAGAUUGAACGACGAAUUCCCGAAAGGCGAAUUUUGGAGCGACGAGUUACUUUAAAUGCACGUUCAAAUUCACCAAGAUUGUCCGAGCGCAGGAUCGACGAUAGUUCAAGAUCGCGCAAAGAAUCCAGCUUGGUAGAUCGACGUUUGGAACAAAGUCCAGAAAUGCGAGUUUCUCGUGCACGAAUUCUGGAAAGGCGAUCUCUCUCAGAUUCGCGAAGAUCAUCAGAGCGAAGGAUCGAUGAUAAUUCAAGAUCCCGCGAAGAAUCCAGGUUGGCGAAUCGACGUUUGGAACAAAGUCCAGAAAUGCGAGUUUCUCGUGCACGAAUUCUGGAAAGGCGGUCGGUCUUAAAUUCGCGAAGAUCGUCAGAACGAAAGAUUGAUGAUAAUUCAAGAUUCCGUGAAGAAUCCAGACUAGCAGAUCGACGUUUGGAACGAAAUCCAGAAAUGCGAGUUUCUCGUGCACGAAUUCUGGAAAAACGAUCCGUCCUCGAUUCGCGAAGAUCGUCGGAGCGAAGGAUCGAUGAUACUUCAAAAUCCCGCGAAGAAUCUAGGCUGAUGGAUCGACGUUUGGAACGAAAUCCAGAAUUGCGAGUUUCUCGUGCACGAAUUCUGGAAAAACGAUCCGUCCUCGAUUCGCGAAGAUCGUCGGAGCGAAGGAUCGAUGACAGUUCAGGAUCCCGCGAAGAAUCCAGGCUAGCAGAUCGACGUUUGGAACGAAGUCCAGAGUUGCGAGUUUCUCGCAUUCGCAAUUCGGAAAAAUCCUCUGUUUUAGACUCGCGAAGAUCGUCGGAGCGAAGGCUUCACGAUACCUCGAGGUUGCGUGAACGAUCUAGAAUACAGGAUCGACGCGUGGAGCGAAAUUCCGAAUUGCGAAAUCCAAUUUCCGUGCGGACGAAAGAACGUAAAAUGAAUUCUAGAACAGUAUCCUCUGAGAAUCAGAUCCCACGUUCAUCAGAAGCGCGACGCGAGAUCAGAAAUCUAAAUGAACGUCGUAUGAUUCGAUCAAUCGAGAACCGACUUGCCGAGUUUCGUGAAAAGGACUCCAUCAGACAUCAGAAAUCAACACGUUCGAAUGUCAAGGACUCAUCGAGACUGUCCUCUCUCCGCCGAGUCGUCCGAACUUCAUACGUACCUGAACAAAAUCGCGAACAACGAAAGGUGUCUACUGAUAGACUGUUUUCUGAAAUAAUAGACAAUGAACGAUUAUUCGAAAAAUGGGAACAAAACUUACAGGGCACACAUGUUGAAAAAAAUGUAGAAGCCAAAGGAAAAGUUUCUAAUUCAAUGAAGGCCUAUGAAUUUUUCAAAUAUUCUACGGCUUAUCAUCUUAUGAGACAAGCUUUCGUUCUGGCACUAUGUACCGUUUAUGGACUUUCUCUCUAUAAUGGAAAAAAAUCCUUUAUCGGCAGCAGCAUACUGCAGCAAGCGCAGCGCGUCAUAAUCUGGUAAAAUAAUUGAAGAAUGAUAAUCGGCUACCAAAAAA